GCAAACCACAUCCAAUUCUCAAACAGCAACGGAGGUUAAAAAAGAAAAACGUCGACGUAGAAGUUAGCAGAAGAGAAUCACAAAGCUUUAAAAAAGUUUUCACAAAAGACCCCUCACCGGACAUAUUAUAUAUAUACGUUUGCCUGUUUUGUUUGUCGUACGGCGCGUGUGUUCGUCUGACGUUUUGUUGCCUUUGUCUAGUGCGCGUGUCUUCUUUCCUCUCCUCUAUCCGCGCUUUCAAGCAGGGCUAUCGUCUUUGCUUUGCCACCCCCCCCCUCAACACUGUUUAUUGUCCAUCUACCCCCCUCGUUCUCUUUCCGCCUGCUCUCCUUCUUCAACCGCGGUAUAUAUUGGCUGGAAACAAUGGCUUCCGCGAACGCCAGCGAGAUGCCUUCCGUGUUGCAGACGACGGACGCGCUGUUAGAUAUCCCGUCCACCGAGACGGUCUGGUCCGCCUGGUACAAGGAGUCGGAGGACACCUUCGCCGACUUCAAGAGCUUUGAGCCGGCACCGGCGGCGGGCGGUGCGGCGGGAGGUCUGUCGCGCGCCGGCUCUGUCCGCACGCUGUCGAUGCGCCAGAUCAGUGGGCAAUUUGAGGAAGAGGUGGCGAAGUCGUGGGAGGAGGAUUGGGAGGACGAGGAUGUGGAGGACACGUUUGACCACAUCAUGGGCGAGAUCUCGCAGCUGGCCGCGACGCAGGCGGCGACGCAGUAA